AUGGACCAACAUAAAUUACAAGCGGUCCAUAGAGUGUCAACUAGGCUUAAAAUAGAUGUGCCCACAUUGAUUGCAGAGUUUGAGAAGUUAGAAUUGGAAAUCAGAGAAUGCUAUGAAGAGCCAAUAGAAUUGAAUGGAAAAUCAUUAUCACGGAUGUUAGCAAUGGAUGCUUGUUUUAUACUUGAAUUCUGUAGAAAUUCUGCAGUAUCAAGAUCCGAGAGUAAUUCAGAUUUCUUUAGCCUUAUCUUUCAAAGAGAUGAUUUAAAGAACUCCAUGUUUUAUGCUAUACUAGAUGACCUUAUAAAGCUGGAAAAUCAAAUUCCUCUAUUUGUUAUCUUAAAAUUAUUGGAGUUAGAAGAAGGUGGAUCGCGCGAAGAAGGUGGAUCGCGCGAAUAUGCAGCAACAGAAUUAGCUACAAUGCUGAGUAAACGUAGCUUGUUUCGCGGAAACCCCUUUUUCAACUUUUCACACCAGGAUGCUAUACCAAAACUGAAGGAGCAUAUGAUGGGUGAACGGCCUGCAUACCAUUUGUUGGAUUUGUGCAGAAAGGUGGUCAAAGAUACAUUAACGAAUUCUACUGGGAAACCGGCUACUUGCGUGGAAAAUGAUGGCUAUCUUGGCGCUAAUAAUAUCAGCAAUGAUAAUGGGUGGUCAAUGAAUGCGGUACUACCUGGUUGGGUGCAACGAGUCAGUUGCAUCGAUAUACUUCCUCGAGUUUCCCCACUACUUUCUCCUGAUGAUAGGCGGGCAACCCCUAGUGCCGAAUUGUUAUACGGCGCUGGUAUUAGAUUUCAACCAGGCAAAAUUAAAUUUGAAAAAAGAAGGUUCGGAAGCAGAACGCUUGAUCUCCCUUCAGUCACAAUCACGGACAAAGAUGUUGCUUUACUUCGAAAAUCUCGAAUCAUUCGGAGGAUGGUUGGCUGUGAUGAAAACAUAGCUCGCAUGUUCAACCGAAUUAGGGUUGGAAUCACAUUCAGUGGAAUUGGUCAAAUUGAAGAGGUGAUGGUAAAGGCGAGAAAUCAUUAUAAGAGCCAAUGGAAAGUGUGGAUGAGCCAGUUUAAGGAAGAACAUUUUUCAAAGCCGUGGUAUAUCCUCUCGCUUGUGGCGGCGAUACUUAUUCUGGGUAUGACGGCUAUACAAACUGUCUAUUCAGUAGACUAG